AUGCUGGACCCGUCGUCCAGCGAGGAGGAGUCGGAGGAGCUGGUGGAGGAGGAGAGCGGGAAGGAGCCGCUGGCGCCUGCCGCGGCGCGGCUCUCGCCCAGCCGCCCCGGCGAGGGCCCGGGAGGCGGUGGCGGUGCCGGCGCUGGCGGCGGCGGGGGACUGCAGCCGGGCGGGCGCGGCGGGGGCGCGGCGCGGCCCUCCAGUCCCAGCCCCUCGGUGGCCAGCGAGAAGGAGAAGGAUGAGCUGGAGCGGCUGCAGCGGGAGGAGGAGGAGAGGAAGAGGAAGCUGCAGCUCUACGUCUUCGUCAUGCGCUGCAUCGCCUACCCCUUCAACGCCAAGCAGCCCACCGACAUGGCCCGCCGGCAGCAGAAGAUAAGUAAGCAGCAGCUCCAGACAAUCAAAGAUCGUUUCCAGGCCUUUCUCAAUGGAGAAACCCAGAUUGUGGCAGAUGAAGCAUUUAUAAACGCUGUCCAGAGCUACUAUGAGGUAUUCCUGAAAAGCGACCGUGUUGCUAGGAUGGUGCAGAGCGGAGGGUGCUCAGCGAAUGACUCCCGGGAGGUCUUCAAGAAGCACAUUGAGAAGAGAGUGCGCAGCCUCCCAGAAAUUGAUGGCCUCAGCAAGGAGACGGUCCUGAGCUCUUGGAUGGCAAAGUUUGAUGCUAUUUAUCGUGGGGAAGAGGAUCCCCGCAAGCAGCAGGCCAGGAUGACGGCAAGCGCUGCCUCAGAGCUCAUUCUCAGCAAGGAGCAGCUCUAUGAGAUGUUCCAGAACAUUUUGGGGAUCAAGAAAUUUGAGCAUCAGCUUCUGUACAACGCAUGUCAGCUGGACAACCCAGAUGAGCAAGCAGCACAGAUCAGACGUGAGUUAGAUGGACGUCUUCAAAUGGCAGAGCAAAUUGCCAAGGAGCGCAAGUUUCCGAAGUUUGUGUCCAAAGAAAUGGAAAACAUGUACAUUGAGGAGCUGAAGUCGUCUGUCAAUCUCCUGAUGGCAAACUUAGAGAGCAUGCCUGUGUCUAAAGGAGGCUCCGAGUUCAAGCUGCAGAAGCUGAAACGUAGUCACAACACCUCAAUAAUUGACAUGGGAGAAGAAAAUGAGAACCAGCUUUCCAAGUCAGAUGUCGUGUUGUCGUUCUCCCUGGAGGUUGUCAUCAUGGAGGUGCAGGGUCUGAAGUCGCUGGCCCCCAACCGUAUUGUGUACUGCACCAUGGAAGUCGAAGGUGGGGAGAAACUGCAGACUGACCAGGCUGAAGCCUCAAAGCCAACCUGGGGCACCCAAGGAGACUUCACGACAACACACGCGCUUCCUGCAGUGAAGGUGAAGCUGUUCACGGAGAGCACGGGAGUGCUGGCUCUGGAGGACAAAGAGCUUGGGAGGGUUGUUCUCCACCCUACUCCCAAUAGCCCAAAGCAAUCAGAGUGGCACAAAAUGACUGUUUCCAAAAACUGCCCGGAUCAAGACCUGAAGAUCAAGCUUGCCGUGCGAAUGGAUAAGCCUCAAAACAUGAAGCACUCUGGGUAUUUAUGGGCCAUUGGUAAAAAUGUUUGGAAGAGAUGGAAGAAACGAUUCUUUGUCCUGGUCCAGGUUAGUCAAUAUACAUUUGCUAUGUGCAGCUACCGGGAGAAAAAAGCUGAACCUCAAGAGCUGCUGCAGCUCGACGGAUACACUGUGGACUACACCGACCCGCAGCCAGGUUUGGAGGGCGGCAGAGCAUUCUUCAACGCUGUGAAGGAAGGAGACACGGUGAUUUUUGCAAGUGACGAUGAACAGGACCGUAUCCUGUGGGUCCAAGCCAUGUACCGAGCCACCGGCCAGUCUCACAAACCUGUGCCGCCUACCCAAGUGCAAAAGCUUAAUGCUAAAGGAGGAAAUCUGCACGCGGCCGAGCGUGCGGCAGGUCGCGAUGCAGAUAGAGCUCAAAAGCAUGGCAUGGAUGAAUUUAUCUCUUCCAAUCCCUGUAACUUUGACCACGCUUCACUCUUUGAGAUGGUUCAGCGCCUCACUUUGGACCACAGACUUAAUGAUUCCUAUUCUUGUCUGGGCUGGUUUAGUCCUGGCCAGGUCUUUGUGCUAGAUGAGUAUUGUGCACGUAAUGGAGUGAGAGGCUGUCACAGACAUCUCUGCUACCUCAGAGAUUUGCUAGAGCGCGCAGAAAACGGAGCUAUGAUUGACCCCACCUUACUUCACUACAGCUUUGCCUUUUGUGCAUCACAUGUUCAUGGCAACAGGCCUGACGGGAUAGGAACUGUGACCGUAGACGAGAAAGAGCGUUUCGAAGAGAUCAAGGAGCGGCUUCGUUUGCUUCUGGAGAAUCAGAUCACACAUUUUAGGUACUGCUUUCCAUUUGGCCGUCCAGAAGGUGCAUUAAAAGCCACUCUAUCGCUGCUGGAAAGGGUUCUGAUGAAAGACAUAGUUACUCCGGUCCCUCAAGAGGAGGUAAAAACAGUCAUCCGUAAAUGCUUGGAGCAAGCAGCUCUAGUCAAUUAUACUCGACUAUCAGAGUAUGCCAAAAUUGAAGGUCCUGUUUCUUGUACUACAGAGAAUGUAGGCCGGUUAGUCACACCAGCUAAAAAGUUAGAAGAUACAAUACGUCUGGCAGAAUUGGUAAUUGAAGUCCUACAGCAAAACGAAGAACACCAUGCGGAGGGGAAAGAGGCCUUUGCUUGGUGGUCAGACUUAAUGGUUGAGCACGCGGAGACCUUCCUGUCACUGUUUGCAGUGGAUAUGGAUGCUGCGUUAGAGGUGCAACCCCCAGACACCUGGGACAGCUUUCCGCUCUUUCAGCUUCUAAACGAUUCCCUCCGUAGUGACUAUAAUUUGUGCAAUGGAAAAUUCCACAAACACCUCCAAGACCUGUUUGCUCCACUUGUUGUUAGAUAUGUCGAUCUGAUGGAGUCCUCAAUUGCACAGUCAAUUCACAGGGGCUUUGAGCGGGAGUCAUGGGAGCCAGUAAAUAAUCUGCCCAAUGUGAAUCUACCAAAUGUGAAUCUCCCUAAAGUACCAAAUCUACCAGUUAACAUCCCACUAGGCAUCCCACAAAUGCCUAGCUUUUCUGCACCGUCAUGGAUGGCUGCUAUUUAUGAUUCUGACAACGGAUCAGGCACCUCGGAAGAUCUGUUCUGGAAACUUGAUGCCCUACAGACCUUCAUUCGGGAUUUGCACUGGCCUGAGGAGGAGUUUGGAAAACACUUAGAGCAACGCUUGAAGCUUAUGGCGAGUGACAUGAUCGAGUCCUGCGUGAAGAGAACCAGGAUUGCAUUUGAAGUAAAGCUGCAGAAAACCAGCCGAUCAACAGAUUUCCGAGUCCCUCAAUCAAUAUGCACCAUGUUUAACGUCAUGGUGGAUGCCAAAGCUCAGUCAACAAAGCUUUGCAGUAUGGAAAUGGGCCAAGAGUUUGCUAAAGAGUGGCACCAGUACCAUUCAAAAAUAGAUGAACUAAUUGAGGAAACCGUCAAAGAAAUGAUAACACUCCUAGUGGCAAAGUUUGUCACCAUUUUGGAAGGAGUCUUGGCCAAACUGUCUAGAUACGAUGAAGGAACUUUGUUUUCUUCUUUCCUGUCCUUUACUGUGAAGGCUGCUUCCAAAUACGUGGAUGUACCCAAGCCGGGGAUGGAUGUUGCUGAUGCCUAUGUGACAUUUGUCCGCCACUCUCAGGAUGUCCUGCGUGAUAAGGUCAAUGAGGAGAUGUAUAUAGAAAGGUUAUUUGAUCAAUGGUACACCAGCUCGAUGAAUGUUGUCUGCACCUGGCUGACAGACCGCAUGGACCUGCAGCUUCACAUUUACCAACUGAAAACUCUCAUUAGGAUAGUAAAGAAAACGUACCGGGAUUUCCGAUUGCAAGGCGUGCUGGACUCCACUUUAAACAGCAAAACCUACGAGACCAUCCGGAACCGGCUGACAGUAGAGGAGGCCACGGCGUCGGUCAGCGAAGGCGGAGGGCUCCAGGGGAUCACCAUGAAGGACAGCGAUGAGGAAGAUGAAGAGGACGACUAGGGAAGCUGGCCCGGAGGACCGGCUGGGGGUCGCCUGGUAUCCGUGCAUGUACCUCGUCUGUAACUCAGUUAGCCACAUUAGGAAUUUUUAUGUCAGCUCUAAAUGCCCAUGAGAAGUUUACCAAUACAAAUGCCAUGUUAGCUGUGUGGUAAUAAGAUUAGCACCUCUCUUUGAUUCAUCGGUUUCCUAAUUUCAUAUCUAUAUGUUCAUAAGCAAUAUGGAGCACCAUUGUUUAAUACUGUUAAUGGAAAAACUACAUAGAAAACAUGCUAGGUGUGUCCCUGUUAUAAUUAAAGUUUAAACAAUGCUUCAUUAAUGUACUGUAUAUACAUUGAUGGUAAAUUGUUGUGAAGAUGAGUGAAUCGAGUCCUUUCAUUUCUUUGUUUCUCUUCUGUGGAUGCCAACUGCUUAAAAUUAAUAAAAAAACAGCUUUGUUUUUAAAAGAAGAACGAGGCAAUUACAAAUGAUUUUUUUGUUCUCUCUGUUCAUUUGAAAACCAGAAAACAAACAAACCCAGACAGCCGUUUGAAUCAUUCUGCAUCUUUGUUAAUGUACCAGGUUCUUCCCUUCAAUAUGCAGUUAACUCCAUAGAGGCUACAUCCCAAAGGAUUAGUCAUUCUAAUUGCCACACCAGAUUAAUCCUAUCAUUUUGGAUAUAUCAUGCCACAUUACAAGUCCAAAGCAGUUGUUUUAUGUUGACGUUUGCUCCUCUAAAUGUUACAUUUUUGUUUAAAUUUCAAAUAACCGUGUAUGUACAAAGACAACUUUAUUUACAAUCUUAGACUAUACAAAUGUGUUUAUAAUAAUAUAUUGAAUAUUUAUUUCAGUAGAUUGUAACCAUAAUUUACAAUUCCUCUGUUUCACAAUGGUUUUUAUAUAUGUCAUGUACAUUGCAUUUUGACCAGUAACUGCAUGUCCAUCAGUCCCCCCUCCAGAGCUUUUACUUUCUGUGUAAAAUAGUGAUCCAUCUUGCUUUUUUUGCCUUAUACAAGCCGACAGUUGUAAAAGUGUGAGAACUGUGGCUUCUCAAUAAAUAACUAUUCAGAUGUCCUAAGAAUAAAUUAUGGAGUCUUUUUAUGUCUGCCUUAGAAAAAAAAAAAAUUACAAGCUGAGAUGUAAGAGCCCCCACCUCUCAGAAUA